CAUGGAGGGGUCUCUGUUGCUGCUCAUCCGCAGCCCCACGCAGCGGCAUCCGGACCUGCGUCUGCGCGCCGAGCCCACCUGGACUGUGCGGCGCCUCAAGGCCGAGCUGCGCGGCCUCGUUCCCGGGGCACCGCCUGAAGAGGACCAAAAACUGAUUUAUUGUGGUAAACUACUGCUGGAUCAUCAUUAUCUGAGAGAGUUGCUGCCGAAGCACGGGGAGUUGCAUGCUCUUCAUCUGGUAUACAAAUUCAGGACGCCUGCACAUGUGCAAGAAUCCAGUGUAGAGGUUAAAGCUGAUCAGCCAAAGUUGCCAUCAGAAGCUAGUCAAGAACCAGCUGUGUCUUCCUCAGAUGGUGAAAGACUGAGACGUUCUUCUGGUGGCCAGUCUUCAGCAGAAGUCAGUAAUAGGCUGGAAACAACUCAAUAUCCCUUCCAAAGUGUGGCUCCUGGCUUCUCUGUGUAUACAACCUACAACAUCCUUCAGAUGUCCUGGUUCCAUCAGAUCUAUGCAAGACAGUACUACUUGCAAUACUUGGCUUCUACUGCUGCAUCUGCUGACUCAUCCCAUGCACAACAUUCUCAAGAGAUUCCAGUGGCACCAGUGACAACACCAGCUCCUCUCCCAGACACAUUUCCUGCACAAAAUCAGCCUGGAAACCAGAAUGCUGCUGCUCAGGAUAACGCAGUGGCCAACCGUAACUUGCAAAUGAAUGCACAAGGGGGUCGCCUCAUGGAGGAAGAGGAGGAGGCUGGCCGUCGAGAUUGGUUGGACUGGCUUUACUCGGCAACGUUGUUCUAUGUAUUUGUCAACAUGAUCUAUUUCUACUCCAGUGUCAGCAGAUUCCUCCUGGUAAUGGGUGGCAGUAUCCUGAUGUACCUGCGCCAUGUUGGAUGGUUCCCAUUUAGACGAAGACCAGUUCAGCCCUUCCCAGGGAAUGCUCCUCCUCAAGCAGCUAUAAACCAGGACCAGAACAAUAACUUACAGGAGGGGAAUGCAGGUGGAGCAGGUGAAUCUGAGGCAUCUCCUGAUGAUGGCCAAGGCUUACAAGAGCUGCAGCAGACAAACCCCUCACUGAUGGGCACCGUGUGGGUUUUCUUCAAGACUUUCUUUGCAUCCCUCCUUCCAGAAGGGCUCGGAGUGACCCACAACUGACCUGUCACCAGUGUGCCUCUCUGACACUGCAAACCAGGGGAGAAAGUGGAUGACACGUCUGGCUUUCACUGACCAAGCAAAUAAAACUGCAAGAAGCCUUAAGUCA